GCCUAGCUGCUGUCACCACUCUAACGACAUGGGUACCGCAUCGAUCCUCACGGAAGUGAUCACAACCGGACUGGUCAGCUUUGGGUUUGGUGUCAUUCCUAUACUCACGACGUCGCCGUCUCGCUUGUCGGCACUCGCGACCAUCGCGACCGGAUUCCUUCUCGUGAUAUGGCUCAGCCUGCUGGUAGGGACCCUAGCGUUCCACCUCUUUUCGGGCGAAGAACCGGCACCAGUCUCAUCGGCAACAUCCGCUCUUCUGUUCAUCGCUGGCUUCCUGUUGUCGCUGGUAGCCGAGCGCAGACUCUCCUCCAGCUUGCUCCGCGUCGGCCGUCUGAUACGCAAGUCCCAGCCACGUCCGGAGCCGGCCACGCAUCCAAGCACAGACCAUGCGCAGGAUGGCACGAGGCUCGAAGGUGUCGAGAACCCAGAAAGCUCCGUUGCGCAAUCAGUCACCCAAUCCCCGGCUGGUGAACACGCACCGCCUCUCCUCGAACGGGACGAACUUCGCGUCUACAUGUUCGCAUACGCGCUGAUCAUCCAGGUAUUCCUGGAGGGUGCCACUGUGGCGCAUCAGGUCAUGGGACUAUCGGAGACGGUACCAAGUCGCGUCGAGGAGGAACAGACCAUUGAACUCGCCGACUCAGACAAGACAUCCAUGGCCAUAGUUCAUGGCAUGAUUGCUUUUGUCCUCACCACGACGCUCCUCACGGCCAAAUUUUCGAAGCUCGAAUGCGAGCGGCACUUGUUCUAUUUGGUCAUCUCCGGGCCCUUGGCGGCAAUACUCUUGAGUUUCGUGAUAUGGCUCUUCCAAAUCAAGACCGCACAGUACGAAUUCGCUGAAACAGUCUUGAAUUCGAUCACAGCAGGCAUGUUCACAUACAGUACCGUCGCUGUCAGGUUAUCGCUUGGCAAAUUGCAAGGUAACACGGGAAGAAGCAUGCGCAAAACACUUCUACUGCUGGCGACGGGGGCUUGUGGACCCUUCGUCGUUGAGAUAGCAUUCCAGCUGCUUGCAGCAUUUUUGCUAUCCACUUCAUAGAAGGAUCCACCCUAUGGAUGGCCUUCGACAUGCGUCUCACCAGUUUUGUUUGAGGCAACUAUCUGUUCAUUCCCAGACCUCGGAAAAUCCUCAAUUAUGUUGGGCUAGUAUGGUGUAUUGUCGCGGUCGGACAUCGGUCGGCGCAGGGCAGCGGAGAAGCGGACAGACUUCUGGCUGCGUAGCGCAUUCAGAGGUAGUGCUCAUCAACUACCAGACCAAGGAUAUAGAGGCCUUGGCUUGAUAGCAUAAAUUACCAUCUGUAUUGGUCAUUUCGUUUAUCAUGCUCUACGUUCGGUUGACAUACUUAUGCCAAUUUGAAGUGCUG